AUGGCCACCAACGGCACCACCAAUGGCACCAACGGCCAGAGCAGCCGCUUCGACCCGACUUUCACGCAGCGCGUCAUCGACACCAUGGGCCCCAACAUGACGCCGCGCAACCGCGAGGUCAUGUCUUCCCUGCUGCGGCACCUGCACGACUUUGCGCGUGAGGUCGAGCUGACGGUGGACGAGUGGAUGACGGGCGUGCACUUUAUCAACGCUGUGGGCCAGAUUUCGACCAAGACGCGCAACGAGGCGCACCGAGUGUCGGAUGUGCUUGGUCUGGAGUCCCUCGUUGAUGAAAUCGCCAACAAAAUCGUGGCAGAGGGCGACGUCGACCCGACCUCGUCCUCCAUCCUCGGCCCCUUCUGGUCCCCCAACGCCCCCUUCCGCGACAACGGCGCCUCCAUCAUCCAGGAUCCCAACCCCUCGGGCCGCGUCGCCCUCAUGCACGGCACCAUCACCGACCUGCUGACCGGCAAGCCCAUCCCCAACGCCGUCUUCGACAUCUGGCAGGCCAGCGCCAACGGCAAGUACGACUUCCAGGACCCGGAGAACCAGACGCCCAACAACCUGCGCGGCAAGUUCAAGGCCGACGAGAACGGCAAGUAUUGGUUCUACUGCUACCAUCCCACGGCGUAUUCGCUGCCUACCGAUGGGCCUUCGUAUAAGCUGCUGUCGCUGAUGGACAGACAUCCUAUGCGCCCUGCCCACAUCCACAUCAUGGUCACUCACCCCGAGUACAAGGGCUGCACCACCCAGCUCUACCCCAAGGACGACCCCUGGUUGGCCACCGACACCGUCUUCGCCGUCAAGGACGACCUCAUCAUUGACUUUAAGCCCCUCAAGGGCGACGACAAGGCCGAGCUGGAUCUCGAGUACAACGUCGUGCUGGCGCCCAAGGGAUACAAGGGCAAGCAGUUCUAA